GGCCACGGCGUUGAUUUCUUGAAGUUCGGCCGCGAGCAGGUCUGGAGCAACGACGGUGCCUUCAAGACGGCGGAGGAGCGCUUCGCAGGGUGCACGGGCCUGGAGCUGAUGCAAAUCAUCUUCCAUUUCUACCCAAUCGUUUUGCACUUCGAUGUCCCUUUCAUCAACUCGGCAGGCCAGUGGGCCAUCUCACGGGACAAGACAAACAGCGCUCGCGGUGACGACGCUACCAUCGAGGAGAGGGCCGUCAGCAUCGAGACCGUGGGCUUGCUUCACGGCCUUGGCGGCGGCGCGUGGCUGAAGGCAACCGCGAAGGAGAAUCCAAUCAGCCCGUCUGCUACGUGCACUACUCUGCAUUGGGGUCCCCGUUGCGAUGGAAUGAAGCGUGCUUAUGACAGGGACCCAAAGAAGCUCAACGCGAAGGUUCAGAUGAGCGCGAGAACUGGCUUGAAGGACACAACGAUCUUCCCCGUCGACACUCCGACCGACAUCCUCGAGAAGCUGGUGUCCCUUGAGAACUCCAUGAACACGAAGGUGCUCGCGACCACGUUCAUCGAGGUGAUGGAGUCGACGGACAAAGUGGAGGCCCUGUGGGAGAAGCAGAAGAUCGACUACGGGUGGAGCCACGGGAGCAUCGGGCAGGGCGCGAUGGAGGCCAACAAGAGGGCACUCUUCCAGGCCGCCUUCGAUAACCAGCGUUGGGACUCCACUCCGAUGUACGAGAACUGCCUGAGCUUUUACAAG